AUGGCUCCAAAAAAGUCAGCCUUGCCACCAAGAACCACCAACCGCUUCGACCGAAAUACCCAAUUGAUGACGAAAUCCGCCCCUUUUACGAGCCAAUCCAAACACCGAUUCGAAAAGACUGUUCUCACAAGACAUCCUCCCUCCAACCUUAACCGACGUCCCAACUUCGCGCGCAAUCACCUGCUCCCACGUCCAUCGAUCCCUCCGACGGUUGAACGAAACGGUUCGUUCUAG